AUGGCCACGAUGGAGGGGAUGAUGGACAAGGCGGUGUUGGAUGAUGUCAUUAGGAGGCUUCUGGAAGGAAAAGGAGGAAAGCAGGUGCAACUUUCUGAAUCGGAAAUCCGUCAGCUCUGUGUUAACGCCAGACAAAUCUUCCUCUCUCAGCCAAUUCUUCUUGAUCUUCGUGCCCCAAUCCGCAUUUGCGGUGAUAUACAUGGUCAAUAUCAAGACUUACUUAGGCUAUUUGAAUAUGGUGGGUACCCUCCUGCAGCAAACUACUUGUUUCUAGGGGAUUAUGUGGAUAGAGGGAAGCAAAGCUUGGAGACUAUUUGUUUGCUUUUGGCCUACAAAAUAAGAUAUCCAGACAAAAUUUCUCUCUUGAGGGGAAACCAUGAAGAAGCAAAGAUUAAUCGUAUAUAUGGUUUCUAUGACGAAUGUAAAAGGAGGUUCAAUGUAAGGUUGUGGAAGAUAUUUACGGACUGUUUUAAUUGUUUGCCCGUGGCUGCCCUCAUUGAUGAGAAAAUACUUUGUAUGCAUGGGGGACUUUCUCCAGAAUUAGAAACUUUGGAUCAAAUAAGAGAGAUUCAAAGGCCUACAGAAAUUCCAGAUGGUGGUCUCUUAUGUGAUCUACUUUGGUCUGAUCCUGAUGCUAACAUUGAGGGUUGGGCAGAUAGUGACCGAGGCGUUUCGUGUACUUUUGGACCUGAUGUAGUUGCAGAGUUUUUGGAUAAAAAUGACCUUGAUCUUGUUUGCAGAGGGCAUCAGGUUGUGGAGGAUGGAUACGAGUUUUUUGCUAAAAGAAGAUUAGUCACAAUAUUUUCUGCUCCAAAUUAUGGUGGAGAAUUUGACAAUGCUGGUGCAUUGUUAAGCGUUGAUGAUUGUCUUGUAUGUUCCUUUGAGAUAUUGAAACCCGCUGAUAAAGCAUCGGGAAGUAAUUCUUCAAAAAUGAAUUUUAAGAAGUAUCUGUUGCCACUUUCUUUAGCAGCCACCCAAAGUCGGAAAGACCUAGUAAUUGGCAAAGAUUUUAAGUUCAAAUAG